AUGACAAUUAAUUCAAACCAUACAACAGAGCAAAAUAUUCAAGAUUAUGUUACUGCAAUGAUCCAUUGGCUAUCUGAGUUUCCAGAUUCGCCAAUUGAGUCAGAUUCUGAGUUUGAUGUUUUCACUGAUCCAACAAAGUUAUACUUCUUGAUUAAAUGCUUAUUGAGUAAAGAAGGUUUAUCAUAUGAUUGUAUAUUUGAACAAAAACAGGUUUUGGAAAAGAAUGAUGAUACGAUUGUUUUAACUAGAUACUUAGAUGAGCAGAUUGAAACAAUUGAUGGAAUUUUGAGUAAACACUUUGAUAAAUUUUCAUAUUUAACUCAAUUACCAAAAGUAAAUUUCCAUAAACUAAUUAUAUUUGAUGAUAUGUAUGAGGUAUUUUUUAUUUGUCAAAUUUUACACGUUAUUGGAACUUACACUUCACGAUUAGCUUCGAGAGGUCAAUCCUUUGUUGAAUUUUUAAGCGAAGAAGAUCAAUAUAUUAUGAAAAAAUUUAAUGUCUUGUCUGGUAAUGAUUCAUUUAGAGUUAGAGAUAUUCAAAAUAACAAUGUUGUUGAGGCAAAAUCAUCAGCUACUGAAUGUAGUUCAUGUGACUGUGAAAUGAAUUACAAUGCUAUUAAAUGGGAAUCAAAUAUGUUACAAGAAGUAAUUCAUGCUAUUGCUAUGGAAAAAAGAACUGAUAACUAG